AUUGCCUGGAGCAAAAGUGGAGUUCAUUCUCUACCCAUAAUAACCACUGAUCAGUUCUCUGUGUUUAAGAGGAAUAGCUGUUACCCACUUCCUCUUAAAACAUACCGAGAGAGAGAGAUGCAGAGAAAGAGGCUUCCUGCGUAUAGAGUCGCUGUCAUAGUGGCAUGACAGUAGCCUUUCCCCCGAUCUUCCGCACCCCUGCUAAGGGAUCGCUCCAAGCUUAGCAGAAAUAAGUUUUAUUCUGCAAAGCUAGAGGUAUUUUGUAAAUUAAAUCAAAAACUAAUUGAUGCAAGACAGUUUUCACAAAGAUAGGGGGGGGGGGGGGGGGGUCACACGAGAAGAAGGAAGUGAUAAUGCAAAAAAAAAUCGCUGCCUCUCUGUGAGAGAACAGCACAUUUGAGAAGAGAGCGGACACAGGGAAGCCCGGAGACAUGUCGCUGAAGCUGCCUCGGAACUGGGAUUUCAAUCUCCGAGCCGAAGCCAGUAGGAUAGCUCGCUCCAAGAGCCUGAUGCCAGGGGAGCCCUUCUCUGGCCCUGUGUCCCCGAGCACCCUGGAGAGACCCCUCAAGACGGGCUGGCUGAAGAAGCAAAGGUCCAUCGUCAAGAACUGGCAGAUGCGCUUCUUUGUGCUGAAGGGACACUGCCUGUAUUACUACAAGGAUGAGAAGGACAGCACGUUCCAGGGUUCCAUCACUCUGCAAGGCAGUCAGGUGAAUGAGCUUGUUUCAAACCCAGAGGAACCUGGCAAGUUCCUGUUUGAAAUCAUCCCGGGCAGCUGUGGGGACCGGGAGCGCACGAGCCAGGACUCCCACGUACUGAUGGCAAACUCUCAGAACGAGAUGGAGGAGUGGGUGAAAACCCUGCGCAGAAUGAUGGGCGUGCCCGCCAGCGGAGCAGUGUUUGGGCAGAGCCUGGCUGACACGGUGAUGUAUGAGCAGAAGUUUGGCCAGCACCUCGUCCCCAUCCUGGUGGUGAAGUGUGCGGAGUUCAUCCUGGAGCACGGCCUCAGCGAGGAGGGGAUAUUCCGCCUGCCAGGGCAGGACAACCAGGUGAAGCAGUUCCGAGACACCUUCGAUGCAGGCGAGAGGCCCUCGUUCCCCAGUGACACCGAUGUCCACACGGUGGCGUCCUUGUUCAAGCUGUAUCUCAGAGAGCUGCCCGAGCCUGUCAUCCCCUGGUCACAGUAUGAAGACUUCCUGAACUGUAGCACUGAGGGAGCGGCGGGCCAGGAACAGCUAAAGAAUCAGAUUGCCCUUCUCCCCAGGGCGAACUACAGCCUUCUCAGCUACAUCUGCAGGUUUCUGUACGAAAUACAGCUGAAAUCCAGCGUCAACAAAAUGAGCGUGGAGAACCUGGCAACCGUAAUUGGGGUCAAUCUGCUGAAGCCAAGAAUUGAAGACCCAGUAACCAUCAUGAAAGGCACGCCCCAGAUUCAGAAGGUCAUGACGGUGAUGAUCAGCCGACACCAAGAGCUCUUCCCCAAGUCUAAAGACGCCGCCCCUGCGUCACCCCUGCAGAAGAGCGAGAGCAAGAGGGCCAACGCCCCGCGUAGCUUUGUGGGCUGGGACGUGGCAGAGGACCCAAGCAGUGGCAAAGAAGACACGAACGACGACCUAGCGUUCUCGGAGUCCGUGGAGAACCUGUUCUUCCCCUCCUAUAGUGCUGCUGAGGGUCCCGGGACCCAGCCCACCGACGGGGGAGACCCCUGGACAGCCAGCCCCCGCAAACGCACCCAGACCCUGCCCUCCCGCAAGCCUUCCUUCAGCUCUCAGGGGGAGGCGGGAGGCGGCAGGGCUGGGAUCCUAAACGAAGACAUGUGGAACCUCCUGGGGACCUCCCCUCCCAGCUCGGACCCCGACAAAAGGACCCUAUCGGAGGACAUUUUCAAAAUUUUGGACCUCCAGCGGGUGUCGCUGUUCCCAAGCUCUACGAUGACGGGCGAGAACGAUCGUAGCGCCGCGAACGGGCCGGAAAGUAAAGUCACAGAAGCAGCAGGCAAACAGACAGAGAUCGGUUCCUUCAAACUCAAGAGCCUCGCUCCCCAGACGAGAGGACUUAAGAGCCAAAGGGCGAUGGAUGAAGAUGACAGCGAGGCAGGGGGUCAAGAAGCACCAGGGAGCUUGCUUCUGGGGCGAGAGGUGGAGCUGAGGAAAGAAGCAGAGAGGCAGAAGUCUCUCUACGAGGCUCACGUCAGCAGCCUGGAGAAGACGAACAGUGAGCUGUCUGUCAAGGUGUCGGAGCUGCGCGAGUCGCUGGUGGAGGAGAGGAAGAGGAGCUCCGCUCUAGAAAUCCGGCUCCGGAACGUGGAGCGGGCCAGGGAUGAAGCGGAGAAGCGCAACAAAGCACUAGACAAGGAGAUCCAGGAAUUCCUCACUAAGACCCCAGCCUCCUAAAGGAAAAUCCAUCCUUCGGAUGAGACAUAAGGUCCUAUUGUAAGUGACUCUGCAGCAGCAUCAGUUGUUGAUGCAUAGUUCACCCCCUAGUCUCUGUAAGUCACUGCAGAUAAACAGCAUCUUAAAUGACUCAUUAAUUAAUUCAAGGAAAGACCGGUCCUGGAGCAGUUUGUAAGCUUGGGAUCUUAAGGCUGUCAUAUCAUUUCUAUACACUUGCCGGUGUCGUGUUAAGAUGUUCCCUGUGGUCAAAAAUUGGGACUGAACGUGACUGAAAGCAGUGGGUCUCCAAAAACACCUUCCACCCAACAGCAGAGUAGAGGGAGCAAAUCUCAGCCGCACAACAUCACACAUCUUAAGAAACAGGAUGAGGUCUCUCUUUGCUCCUCCUGGGAUCCCUUUAUUGUUUUUCUCAUCAUAAUGACCCGUCUCCUCUCCAAGAAGUACACUUCCUUGUUCGUUUUGAUCAGAGAGUGCAGAACUCGGUUGUGGAACUCUAUUCCAGUUACCGUUAGGCAGGUUGAAAUGCUGGAUUCUUUUAUGUCUAAUCUCAAAACCUAGUAUUUUGAAUGUGCUUUUAUACAAUGGGUUGUAGCUGGAGUGCGUUGUGCACAUGAGCGCUCCAGUUUUAACUUUGCACAGUGCUCUGGGAAGCCGUUGGCGUGAAAGGAGGGCGCUAUGUAGAAAUACAUUUGUGUUGUAUUGUUGAACAUCACAUAUAUCCUAUAUAAUCUGGACUUCGUUCUGAAGCUGCUGACGGUGAUUUAUCAGCCUCCAAAAUCUCUUGGCCAAACCCAAAUCAGAAAAGGUAUAUGUAAGCUUGUUUUCUUGCUGUUUUUGUAACGUU